UAUUAAAUUCAUUUUACUUAAAAAAUACAAGAGUUGUUGAUUAAUGUAUAUUAUUUUUAUUACAAUGUAAGUAUACCAAUAAAUGACGUGUAGAAUAGCAAACAAUUGACUAUAUGCAUUGGUCAGUUUCGUCAUAAUUAACAACUUCAGGAGUUCGUUCUUAUAAAAUGGAAUGUUUUAACAAAAGUUUUUACUCGUCAUUGAUAUUUAUAAAUCAAAUGAUAUAUUAUAUUUUAAUAGUAUUUUAACAAGUGUGAAUAUUUAUUACUAUUCCAUACCAACAAUAUUAUACAUUCUUUAUCAUCGGAUAUACGGCUGUUACUGUUGUUUUUUUUUUGUGGCGUGAUAAUUUUUGUACUAAAAAUAGAUAUUGUGAUUAUAUUAUUAAAGUGUGUAUUGUAUGUAGUUAAGUAUAUGAUUAAAUAUAUAAUAUAAUAAAUAAUCAUCUGACUGAUAAAAACAAUAAAAUAUCACAAAUGGAUAAUGAACAUCUUAAGAAUCAUAACCUCGCAAAUGGAACUGGUUUUCAUGCUGUAUAUAUACCUCAUGAGAACAAUGAAUUGUUAGACAAUAAUACAAAAGAUAAUCUUCAUAUUUAUACAAACAAAGCUGAAGCUUUAAAAGUAAUAAAGGAACAUAAAACAGGACGUCUGAAAACAUUUAAGUCUUAUACUGAUGCUGAAGAAUAUGCAACAACUGGACAUGAACAAACGUACAAUUGUGCUAAUAAUUCUGUUAAUGUAGGAGUCCCUGUGAUCGAAGAAAAAUCAAGUAACUUUAAAGGUCCUAAGACUCAAGAUCUUAUAUGUUUUAAAAAAUUGAUAGAAAGUGGAGAUUUAGAUGCAGUAAAAGAUACAAUUUGGGGAAAUCCUAGAUAUUUAAUUAGCAGUGGAGAUACACCUGCAAUUUUACAAGAAGGUUGUCGAUAUAAUGCAUUACAUAUAGCAGCGAAAGCUGGUUGGGCUGAUAUAUGUGAAUUGAUAUUAAAUGCUAUAGGAGAUACAGAAUUCAUGCAUUUAUUUUAUGGUGAAGAAGGAAAUAAAAGCUAUGUGGAUCGUGCUGAUGUUAUGUUAGAUUUGUAUUUAAAUACACCUGACAAAGGAUUAAAUGAGACACCCUUACACUUUGCAGUUAAAUUUGGUUUUCGAGAUGUAGUUAAAGUUUUUGUUUCUUAUUCACAAUGUAUUAAAACUUUGACUAAUAAGUUUGGCCAAGCACCUGUUGAUAUGAUAUGUAAGCGAAAGUGCCAAGGAAAUGAAUUGCUAAUAAAAGAAAUACGUAUGCUAUUAGAGGAACAGUAUUAUGUUCCAGUAUUGAGAGCUGAUGAUAAAACAAUGCAGCCAACCAUUGGUGAACCAUUUUCUCCAACAAGCCCUUUGAAUUUUAAUAACGAUCCUAUUAGUCCAUGUGUUAAGGUACGUGCAUUUGCUGGACCUAUGACAAAGUCACAAGCAGUAGAAUUUAGGAAAAAAUGGAAAACACCACCACGUCGUUGUAUUACUCCUAUUAAAAAAGAUAUUCAAGAAAUUAAUAUUUUAAAUUCUUCCAACGAAAAUUUAACUUUAAGACUUCAGGAUACAGAAAAAGGACUUGAACGAAUUGGACGAAAUCUUGCUGAAGAAUAUAAAGUAUCUUGGAAAGAAUAUUGGCAUUUCUUGAAUGAUUUUGCUGAUUUUCAUUGUGUUGAUGGUUUGGCAAAAUUGGAAAAAUAUUUGGAACAAAGAUUUGUUAAACAAUCAUAUUACUGUGAUAAGAAAGCAACAAUUGAUAAAUCCAAUAUAGAUUCAAAACCAGACUUUUGUGAUGAGUUUGAUAGACUAUGUCUCAAAUUAAAAUCGAUUUCGUUAUUCAAUAAAUCCGAUGAAAAUGAUAACGAUGAAAAUGUAAUGAAUCUAUCAGGAAUCACAAAUUUAUCCGACGAUUCACAAAAUAAAUUUAGCAUAGAAAAUAAUGAUGAAUUUUUUACUCCACCAUCUACUCCACCAUUGAUACAUUCUGAUUCGGAAGAUGAUAUGUAUACUGCAGAAGAAGGCUGUACAUUGUUUAUUGAAAAUGACAUACCAACAAGAAUUGAUUAUGCUGUAUACAAUGCUGUUUCGCCUUCUAUUGAUCCUGAUACAUAUCCAAACAUUUAUCGUUGGCGACAUGAAAUGCAACUCAUUAUGAAACGUGAUAGGCACAGUUUCAACGUAGUAAAUACUAUUAGAAGAAAAUUAUUAAUGAGUCCAUAAUAUAUUCACGAAUAAAGUGAAGUAUCAAAAGGGCUUGUGAUAAUUCUUAUUUUUAACGCACAGUACGUUUGUAAGAGUUAAAGACUGUAAACAGAAUGGAAAAAAUUAGCAAGAUUUCCAACUCGAUAUUAAAUAAUAAAUCGUUUAUAUAUAUAUAUAUAUAUAUAUAUAUAUAUAUAUAUAUAUAUAUCAAUAAUUAUUUUUUUUAUUGACAUUAAAAGUCGACUUGCUAUUUGUUACCAUUCUUUUUGCAGCCUAAGAUGUUAAUCUCUCGAAACAUUUUAUCAAAGAUAAUGUAUAUUUAAGAUAAAACUAUAUUUUCUACGUAUUUUAUAUUGUGUAUAUACUAUUAAUAUUGAA